AUGGAAAUAAGAGCUCCAAACAUAUUAAUCACAGGUACACCAGGCACUGGAAAAACCACUCUAGCUAGGCUGUUAGAAGAUCAAUUGAAUGAAACCAUCGAUUUUCCAAAAUUUGAAGUGAUUUCUCUUGGAGCUCUUAUUAACGAAAAGCACCUUUACAAAAAUUGGAAUGAACAAUUUCAAGUCCCUGAAUUUGACGAAGAUUUAGUUUGUGAUGCUAUUGAAGCUGACAUAAGAAGAGGUGGAAAAAUCGUUGAUUUUCAUUCUUGUGCUUUUUUCCCUCCAGAUUGGUUUCACUACAUAGUUUUAUUGAGAGCAUCCAAUACAAAUAUUUUUGAUAGACUUUCAGAAAGAGGCUACCCUGAGCCAAAAAUCCAAGAAAAUGUCCAAUGUGAGAUUUUCCAAGUCUGCAAAGACGAAGUAGAAGAUUCUUACCCAAAAGAAAAAAUUCUUGAAAGAAACUCAGAUACUAUUGUAGAGAUGGAAAGAAAUGUGGAAGAAAUUAUAGAGCUUAUAAAGAAAACAGUUGAAGAUAAUAAACACACAUAA